AUGGUUAACCUCACGAAACUUGAGUUUGUUGCUCUUGAUAUUUCGGGCAAGAAUUACCUAUCAUGGGUGCUAGAUGCUAAAAUCCAUCUGGAUGCUAUGGGUCUUGGAGACACCAUUAAAGAAAAAAAUAAAGCUUCCAACCAAGAAAAUGCGAAGGCUUUGAUAUUCUUGCGUCAUCACCUUGAUGAGGCCCUGAAGAUUGAAUAUCUUACUAUUAAGGAUCCACUUAUUUUAUGGAAAAACUUGAAAGAAAGGUAUGACCACCUGAAGAUGGUCUUCCUCCCAAAAGCACGACACAUAUGGAUCAAUCUAAGGCUAAAAGGUUUCAAGUCAAUUACGAAGUACAAUUCUGAGAUGUUCAGAAUUACUUCUAUAUUGACACUAUGUGGAGAGAUGAUUAGUGAUUUUGAUAAGCUGGAAAAAACGUUCUCCACCUUUCAUGCCUCGAAUGUGCUCCUGCAGCAAUAUCGAGAGAAAGGUUUCACAAAGUACUGUGAUUUGAUUGCUCAUCUUCUUGUGGCUGAACAAAACAAUGAUUUGCUGAUGAAAAUCAUGACAAUCGGCCUACUGUGCUGCACCAUUCCCCGAAGUGAAUGA